AUGCCAUGCUUCAAGGGUCUUGCUGUGAGCAUACACACCCCGGGCGGCCCCAUUUCCGAGUACUCGAUCCAACGCCAAUCUCGGGCAUCACGCAUAGCUUGUUUUAUUCCUGUGCCACCGCCAAAGCUACCGGAUACUGCCACUGGAAAACCUGAGCAGUCUACAUUCGCAAUCUCGAUCACACUUCUCAACCCCGGCCAGGAUGUCCCUUACUCUACCCCGAAGUCGACUCCAGAAGAGCCCUCCCCAAAACCCAAGGUGGUGGGAGGUCUCCCGGGCCAGACGAGCGAGCGUGGCCAGUAUACCAGCAUGGUAGCCCCAUACCAGGCGUUGACCAACUCCCCAAACGAAACGGUGGCAGCCUAUAUCUACUUCGACGGCAGACAGAAGGAAGAAGUGGCCACUCUACUCAGGAGAGGGGAAGAGACCUGGGUCAAUUCCAGAUGGGUAAGCGUCCCUGAUUCCGAGGGCGGUGGCCUUGCGGAGCGGGAGUUCCUCUUCCGUGAAGUCGGCUUGGAGAGAUGGCUCAACGGGUUGGAUUUGGAAGGGAAAGAUGCUGCCGCCAAGAUUGAGAGGAGGAGGCAGAAGAUUGAAAAGCGUCGCCAGAAGCGAGAGUCGGGCGAUGUUGAUGAUUUAGAUAUGGAUGCUUCCAAGCCGGUGAAGGGAGACAAAGGGAUCAUGCGCUACGGAAACGAUGCAAAGUCCCCACUUGAAGAUGUCUCGGAUGAUGACAUGUCGUUCUCUGAUUCUGAUGAUGACCCCAUACCAGAGUCUGCCGGUCAGAUCAAAGUGGCUCUUUUCCGGGUGUUGGCGUCUGGCGAGAUUAAGCGGGGAGAGUACUCUCCGCAGUUCGAUGCACACGACGACGAUGAAGACGGCCAGGGCGGCCAGGGCGAGAAGAGUGGUGGAGAUGCGGACAUUGACCACACGACGAGUUUCGCCAAACCCAAGACAUUGGACCCCAAGAGCAUCAGCACGCAGACGGUUACUGGAAUCGACCCAACAGACAAGCCCUAUGCUAUUUUUACGUUUAUGUACCGAGGAGAGCGGCAAUUGCAAAAAAUGGGUAUCUUGAAAGAGCCUAAACCGCAAGAAACUCCAGGCUCCACGAAGCGACGGUCCCUGCAACCGGACUUUUCUAACCUCGGACCUCUCAAACCCGGUGGUACUGUCGGAUUCCUGAAUUUCCGAGAUGGAGGAGAAAACAAGAAGAAGGACAAGAAAAACAAAAAGUCUAGCGAUGAUAUGGAUAGCGACGACGACGACGACGACUCGAUUCUCGGUAAAGCAGAUGAAGAAGAAGGCAAGGACGACGACCAGCAUCUGUCUCCUGACGAUAUCAGAUUUCAAGGUGAACUUGCGGAGGGUGUUCGUAAGAUCAAGCUCAAACGCCAACACUCCGCGGCAUCUCUGGCUAGCAAUAAGGCCAAUUCAGCGGGCACCCCUCCCCCCGGGGAAACACCCUCAGGAUUAUCCAAUACGUCGACCGCGCAGCCAAACACCGCCACGCCGACUACAGGAACGGCAGAAAAUCCCAAGCCUGCAGCUAGCGCAUUGAAUGGGGAAUAUGUUGGAAGCCCCUUGAAGAAGCAAAGACCCAGUGUGUCUGCGGCUGAUGAAAACUCCUUACGACGGAGAAUAGAAUCCGGGCUGUCCAGUGACAUUAGUGAAGCCCUGGGAUCUGCUCCGACGGGAGAGGUCAAGAAUACCGAGCCUCCAAGCGCAUUCGGGGGCAGUUUCAAGCCCCAGGAGCCAGCACCUCAACCACACACCGAGGAUGAAGAACUGUGA